AUGCAAGUCAAACAAACUUCUGAAGGGAUAUUUGUUUCUCAAGCUAAAUAUGCAAAAGAUCUGGUGAAACGGUUCGGUCUGGAUCGAAAAAGCCAUGCUCGUAUUCCCAUGAGCACAAAUGUCAAGAUUAGUGCUGAUCUAACAAGUAAACAAGUAGAUCCUGCUCUUUACAGAAGUAUGAUUGGUAGUCUUCUCUAUCUUAUGGCAAGCCGACCAGAUAUUGCUUUCAGUGUCGGAGUUUGUGCUCGAUUUCAAGCCAAUCCUAAGGAAUCUCAUCUUACUGCUGUCAAGAGUAUCAUUAGGUACGUAAAUGCCACUGUUAAUUAUGGUAUAUGUUUUUCAAGAGAAACAAAUCUUGUGCUUGCAAGAUACUUUGAUGCAGAUUGGGCUGGAAAUGCUGAUGAUAGAAGAAGCACCUCUGGUGGUUGUUUUUAUGUUGGUACAAAUCUGAUAGCUUGGAUGAGUAGGAAACAUGCCUCAAUUUCUCUUUCCACUGCAGAAGCUGAGUAUAUUGCUGCUGGAAGUUGUUCUAAUCUUGAAGGUCAAAAUCCAAAUGAGGAGAUGGUAUGGCUUGAGACUGCUGUUGUGGAGACCGUUCGUGACACUGUGGGGCUGAAUUUCCUGUGGCUUGAUCAUGCCAAGAGAAAUUAUGAUGGUUUCUCCAUUCCGGGUCAUAAUAAUCUGAGUAGGGGUUAUUUGCCGGUCUAG